UCAAUCACAACCCAAUUCCCACAUUCAUUUAUCCACUUUUCAGAAAGAACAAAAAAAAAUAUCACUAGCUUCAUUCUUACAAAAUCAUAAUUAAGUUGCAAAAGAAACAAAUGAUGCAGUGGACUGCCUCAUCGGCUUACCAAUAUGAAGGAGCCAUGAACGAUGCCUCUCGAGGCUUAAGUGUUUGGGAUACUUUUGUCCGCAAGCAUCCAGAAUGGAAUUGUUACUCUUAUGCGGACCAAGCAGUGGAGUUUUAUCACCAUUACAAGGAAGAUAUUCAAAGAAUGAAAGAUAUCAAUAUGGAUUCAUUCAGAUUCUCAAUCUCAUGGCCUCGGGUUCUUCCUCAUGGGAAGAAAAGCAAAGGAGUGAACAAAGAGGGAAUCAAGUUCUACAACGACCUCAUCGAUGAACUCCUAGCUAACGAGAAAGCUGAAGAUCUUAUUUUGACUUGCUGUGGUCAUUUGUUCUGUUGGGGUUGUUUCUAUCAGUUGCCUCUGAUUUACUUAAACAUAAAGGAAUGUCCGGUUUGUGAUGGAGAAGUGACAGAUGCCAAGGUGAUUCCGAUAUAUGGUAAUGGAGAUGAUUGUGAUGGUACUAAACCCAAGUUAGAAGAUUGUGGUAUCAGUCUACCUCCAAGGCCUCAUGCUAAACGAGUGGAAAGUGUUCGUCAAAAGAUCAUAAACCGAGCGAUUCCUUUCAUCCCUGGGCACGAUCACGAAACAAUCGAACAUAUUAGAAGAACUAUUGAUUCCAUAGGACUACAAGCAUUAGCUCAAGGCGAGGAGUUUGGUUUGACAAACAUCAUAAACAAUGGAGGAGACAAUGGUGGGCAACAACAACAAAAUCAUCAUCAUCAUCCGCCUUUUGGACCUUUGAGGUUGUUUACACCAUAUGCUGCUUUCCCAGGUCUUGUAGUUGAUACCUCGGACAUACCGCCUUUUGAUGAUGAUGCUUUCGAUGUUGAUAGUUUUGUUGACACAACUAGUUUGAGAAGAAACCGUCGAAGACCUUCACCAGCUGUACGAGCUUCUUAUCAGAGAAACCGAACUAACAAUGCUUCUCAAACGAUUUCAUUCAGGCUCGGUUCUUCAGCUUCCUCAGCACCUAGAGAGUUUGCUGUUCCAAGCUCCUCCAUUACAACGAGAAGCCAAACUGUAAAUCCUACUGAAGUGGUUACUUCGAGUACUUCCGCUUCAUCUUCUAGGAGAAGAACAGAAGAUGUAAACAAUGGACCUCGCACGAGGUCUAGAAGGAGGCUGAGGUAAAGGAAAAACCUCGCCGGAAUCUUGACUAUUGCUCCAUCAUUACUAAAACCUCAUAUAACUCUGCUCUCGUCUGAAUAUGGCUGAAUGUAUAUGUACAUUCUAUGUGUACUUGUAAUUUCUGCUAGCCUCUGAAACUUUGAUAUCGUAGUUUUGUUUUUUUGGGAAAAUAAUUUAACUUAAUAUCU